UUGGCAUCAAUGGAGCUGCCAAGAGAAAACGGAGACCCGCAGGGACACCAGAUCCAGAUGCAGAGGUGGUAUCUUUAUCACCAAGAACGUUGUUAGAGUCAGAUCGGUACGUGUGUGAGAUCUGCAACCAAGGGUUUCAGAGGGAUCAGAAUCUACAGAUGCAUAGAAGAAGGCAUAAAGUGCCAUGGAAGCUUCUGAAGAGAGAGAAGAAGGACGAGGAAGUGAGGAAGAGAGUCUACGUGUGUCCUGAGCCAACGUGUCUCCACAACAACCCGUGUCACGCACUUGGAGAUCUGGUCGGAAUCAAAAAGCACUUCCGCCGGAAACACAGUGUCCACAAGCAAUGGGUUUGCGAGAGAUGCUCCAAAGGCUAUGCUGUUCAAUCUGAUUACAAAGCCCAUCUCAAGACUUGCGGCUCACGCGGUCACUCAUGCGACUGCGGCCGAGUUUUCUCCAGGGUUGAGAGUUUCAUAGAGCACCAAGAUACUUGCACCAUUCGGCAUUCUCCACCCACUAACCACCGUCCUCUGCAGCAGCACACGGACGCCACUGUAGCACCAUCAAGAACCACUUCGACCACAAGCUUUGGUCCAUUAUUGCAUGGUCUUCCUCUAUUAAGGCCACCACCACCGCCCUAUCAACAUUCACAAGCUUUGGCUAAUUACCCUUUCAAUGCUUUAUCAGCAUCUCCUUUUGAAAGCCUCGAACUUCAACUAUCAAUAGGAAUGACAAGAACAUCAGCACAAGCGAAGAGCACCGAAAAGGGAGAGACGAGUUUAACAAAGGAGAGACCGAACGAGGAGGCUAGAAUGGCGGAGAAAAUGAGACAAGAAGCGAAGAGGCAGAUAGAAAUGGCGGAAACGGAUUUUGAGAAGGCUAAGAGAAUAAGGAAAGAAGCAAAGGCCGAGCUUGAGAAGGCUCAAAUUGUUAGAGAAGAAGCAAUCAAGAGGAUUAAUGCAACAAUGAUGGAGAUAACUUGCCACUCUUGCAAGCAUCUGUUUCAGCUGCCUAUUAUGGCUGAUGAGAGUACGUCGUCUCUUGUUAUGAGUUACGUUUCCUCGGCGACAACUGAAGGGGAAUGCGAGUGAUCCUACGUUUUUAUAUAUAUCCCCAUAUGAGCAAAAUAAAACAAAUAAUUAUUUUAAAGUAACAAAUGAUGGUAUUUUAGUGGUUAUCAUUUUGUGGAUCUAUAUAUAAGAGAACAAUUUUUACCAAACAAAAAAAAAAUCUUUGUUUUC